AAUAAUAAUAAUAAUAAUAAUAAUAAUAAUAAUAAUAAUAAUAGAGUGACUGGAAAUGUAGAGGAGAAAACACCGACACCGCAUUCUCCACGUGGUAUUCUCCAGUCACGUGAACCCAAUCGAUCUGCAGAGAAAAAAGAGUUAAAACUUCAAACGAGUCCACCGUCUGUACAUAUUGAAAAGGCAACGAAUGCGGUUGACUAUCACUGGAGUCCAAUGCAUGGCACCACGAGUUUAUCCGCCAUACGACCCUCUAUAGAUAAUACUAAUAAUAAUAAUAACAAUUAUUAUUAUAAUAAUAGUUAUAGUGAUAGUGGUGGUGGUACAUGUCAGUAUACUUCUCCUAGCGCUAUUGCGGAACGUAUUAUUUACACUUUACUGCAACAACAUGAGGAACAAAUGGCGGAAUUAUCAUUAUUAUCAUCAUCUGAAGCCACAGCAACACCAACAGCAGAAGGAAUGGUAAAUAUACAGAAUAAAUUACUAAAGAAGCAAAAGAAUUUAGAAAAAGAAGGAGGAGGUCCUAUUAUGGGUGGAAAGAGUAGUAGUAGUAAUAAUAAUAAUAAUCAUCAUCAUGGUGUUUCUACUUUACAGCAGCAACAUCAUCAUCAUCCCAUACUACGGAUAACACCACAAGAAAUUCAACUUGUGCGUGAUAUUAUUCGUACAAAAGAUCGUGAAAUACUUCAAUUACGAACUUCAUUAGCUCUUAGUUAUCGUUAUGCUGCUUAUGCUAUUCAAGGACAUCGUUUACCAGGCACAUCUAGUCUUUCCAGUUCAUCCCCUUCCUUUAUGGAAUCACGUUAUUUGGAUGCCUUGGCGAGUUCCAUUCAUGGAUCUACAAAAGAUUCCUUAAUGUUAUUAGUAAAUAGAGUCCCACCGCAUGUACAUGGUCUUCCAGAUAUCCCGUUUCCACUUGGACUUCCAUGUACGGUUAGUCGUGUUUGUGGAGUAUUAUCGAUGAUGAAUGUGGAAGAUAUGCUGCAGAAGAAAACCCCAACGUAUGCAUUUUCACGAUCAUGGCGUUCUUACUUUGUUGCCGCGGAUGAUCGUGGAUUAUCUAUUUACCGCAAUGAAGAAGAUUAUGAACAGCAUGCCUUUCAAAGAGCAUUAUUGGUAGUUCCAUUUAGGGAUAUGGUUUAUUUUGUGCCAUCUUUCCGGGCUUUACCAAUGCAUGAGAAGGAACUCUUUGAUGCUGCAGAGUUAAAAGAUCCUAAUUUCUCACAAACGCGAGAGAUGAGUGGUACUGGCAAUAAUAAUAAUAAUAAUAAUAAUGAUUAUUAUAAUAAUAGCACCAGUAGUAAUUUUUUUCGUUCUUUCAUCAGCAAACAUCGACGACAGAAAAAGAAGAAGAAUUCAGAUAAUAAAACAGAUGGGGGUGAUAAUAGUGAAGAUUAUAAUAGCGAUACUACUACAGGUUCAAGAGAUAAUAAUAAUAAUAAUACGAAUAGUAGUAGUAGUAAACAGCGAUUUGGUCGAAAACAUCUUGAUCAAUAUGAAAAAUUAAUGGCUAGUAUUGCCAUUGAACAUGCAGGAGAUACAAACUAUGCCUAUUUUGGUUUCAUUGCCCGACAGCCGAGUACACAUGUAGGGAGUAAAGUAGUAAAUCCACCCAUUAUAUUUCGUACACGGAGUGUACAGGAGCAUACAGAGUGGGUUCACUACUUUGCCCAAUGCUUUAACCGGAGAUUAUAUCGUGAAAUGUUUCCCAUGGUCCUUGCUGGAUCGUAUGCAGGAACUGAUAUGAAGGAAACACAAACAGAUAUGGAAAUAGAAACUACAAUGGAUACAGUAAAAGGAAAAAAUGAUGAUGAUCAUCAUAAUAAUGAUGAUAAUAAAGAAAAAGAAGAACAACAACAACAAGAAAUAAUGAAUACUAAAGUCAUUACAGUUUCUACCAUAGAUGCGGAAACCCAAACAUCUCCGAUAUCUGAUAUGGAUGAGGCCACAAACACUGAAGAAAAAGAAAAAGAAAAAUUAAAAGAAGAAGGGAAUGAAAAGGGAAUUUCACUAUUCACUGAAUCCACUCCUCCUCCGCCUCCUCCAAGCGGCUCACCUCCAAAGUGGAGUGUAGUGAACCAUCCAGAGAUGCAUGCAGUCAUCGAUAGAAUAGAUGCGGCUUCUCAGACAAAUGAAAAUGGUAGUUUAGAUACUUCUCUAAUUACAAAAGAGAAUACAAAGGAGAGAGAAGAAGAAGAAGAAGUAUUACCAUGGAAUGAGUUGAUCACCGAAAUGCGUGGAUUAUUAGCCUUUAAAAAUGAGGAACUCACUGAAUUACAAAAGGAUUAUGAUAAACUCCAUCAACACGUCCAACAGCUACAACAGGAAUUACGUCAAAUCACAAUUCACCGGGAUGAACUGAUUGAACGCGUAAAAGAAAAUCAGAAUAAGUGGGAAGUAGAAGAGGAACAAAUGCGGAAAAUGGAAAAAAGUCUUCAAGAUGCCACAGAGGCGGCUCAUCAGGCGGAAACGGCUAUGCAGGAGGCUUCUAUUCGUGAAGAAACACAACUAACGUUUACCAAAUCUCUACAGGAAGAAAUUGCACAACUACGACAAAGUCAAGAUUUACUUACUGCAGAGUUGUUAGCGGUGAAGAAUGGAUAUAGUGCGGGAUUGCGAUCACUGGCAAAGAAGGCACUUGGGGAUAUUGAUCAAUUACAUGAUGUUUACACCGCAGAAGAGUAUCUUCGUGCCUUACGUGGGGAAUCCUAUAGUAAUAAUGAUAAUAAUAAUAAUAAUAAUAUUAAUUGUAGUAUUAGUUCUGCGAGUGGAUCAGAAGAGUUUAGAAGUCCACAAAAAGAAGAAGAAGAUGAAGAUUACAUGAGUAAUGAUGAUAAACUAUUCACUGGAAAACGAUCGCAGCCUCAUAUGCAACUCCCACUCUCACCACCGCCUUUAACCUCUAUACGUCAAACAUCCAUUUCACCUCAGCGAAGAAUAAACUAUCAGAGAAAAGAUGGCUUUGUAAAGAAAACAUCUAAUCCAAUGAUAUCAAAUGAAUUGAAUGCUGUUGGUAUUGCCAUGUUAUUAAUUUCCUUUACACCGCAGCAUAUGGCCAUUGAUGGUUGUUUUACUGUUGAUGAAACUCAAGCCCGUUUACUCCGCAGCGGCCCAUCAUCUACACAACGUGGUAGAGAAUGGUUGAUGCUCCAUCACGACACCGGUGCUGUUCUCGCCAUCACAACGGAACUGCAGAUGGGAGAACACACCAUCAAUGCACAUCCAAAGAAUAUUAAUAAUACUACUACUACUACUACUACUCAUAAGACUAAGGAUAUGGAUAGUAGGAUGACAACAAGUAAAGUAUAUGGAGGGGAAACAAGACGAGAUACACGUACGAGGGCGGCACGAUUAACGGCUCCUAUGAAUACACCACCACGAAAGGCGUUGGUAAGGCGCAAUUCGCGAAGUACAUCACCGGCUGUACAUUUCAGUAGUUCCCGUCAGUUGCAAGAUCAAUUAUCAACAGCAACAGCAACAGCAGCAGUAUCAUUAAUGGGGAAAGGAAAAGGAAGAGGAAGAGGAGGUGCUGUUAUGCAUUAUUGA